UCUGGCUUUGUCGUUCAAACGUACCCUUCAAGCAGUCAGAUAGAAAUGGCUCUGGAAAAAGCAUGUAUAGGCAGAAAGCAAGACGCCGGUAUAAAAAUAAAGUAGAGGUCUUGUACAAAUGUAAAGAGGGAGACUUGCUGGAAUUUGAGAGGGUAGGUUACUCUCACUGGGGAGUGUAUGUCGGCGAUUACAAUGUCAUCCAUCGCACAGAGGACAACGGAACGGCAAGGAUUCGAGAAGACAGCUUCUGGACCGUUGUUGGAGACGACAAGGCCAAAAUUAACAACUCCUUCGACGGGACCAUGACGGCCAUGCCAGGAUGGAAGGUCGUGGAGAGGGCGCGGUCUAAGCUCGGCCGAACAGGCUACAACACGCUGUUUAGAAACUGCGAGCAUUUUGCCACCUGGUGUCGCUACGGGAAGGCAGUCAGCAUACAGUCAAUAACGGUGGCGACCGUCAGCACUGGUCUUACCGUGGCAGGCGUGGCGACCGGCAACCCCAUUAUGGCUGGUAUUGGUCUCGGUAUCGGUGCGCUGACGGCAGUUACUUCCAUGUUCUCCAAGAUGGCAUCCAACUACAAGUCGGAGAUUUCACCCGAGGUUCGCCGCCAUAGUGAAGACGUCUUGUCCAAGUGUCAGGAGGGAGACCUGCUAAAGUUUCCCCGAGAGGGCUACUCUCACUGGGCGGUGUACAUAGGCGGUGAGAAAGUAAUCCACCUCUCGGGGAAGAGUGAUUCCGUGAUGAAAAGUAUCAGCAACAGUCCGUCGGUAUUUUCCACUCUUUUGGGCGUGACAGACUUGGGGAAGGUUAUGGAGGAUUCUUUCUGGAACGUUGUCGGAGACAGCCGGGUCAUGAUGAGCAACUACCUGGACGCGACCAAGUACGUGCGGUCCGGCGAAGAAAUUCUGGAGAGGGCGCGGUUGCGCCUUGGAGAGGUCGGCUACAACCCACUGUGGGAAAACUGCGAGCACUUCGCUACAUGGUGCCGUUACGGGGAGAAACAAAGUGAACAGGCGGAGACGGCCAAGGCCCUCCUGGUUGGCGCCGGUGUUGGAGUUGUGACGAUUGCUGUCGGGUUCGGAGCUUGGGCGCUGUGGCCUAGCUCAAAGAAGGCGACGAGGGAGGAGAAGAAGUAG